AGUUGAGCACCAGUCGUCAACGACAGCGGAUGGUCAAUUUUUCUUUGAGCAGAAAGGUGUGAGAGUUUUAAUCCAAGUCUACAAGUGGGAUGUUUUAGGCCAAGACAGUGAUUAAAGAGUUGAAGGAAAAAAUUGCUUUAUAUAUUUUUUCUGCAAAGUGCCUCAAGUGUGUGAGAGACAAGACGAAACAUGUCUGAUUUGCCGCCACUGAAGGAAUUCCCGCGAAAAGGAGCUCGUGGGAGGAGAGCAUCUGCAGCUGCAGUGAUGAGCCAUACACCCCCCACGGAUGCAUGGGGUCCUGAGUUGGUUCGUGGAUUGAGGAUUGAUGGAAGUGCUGGAAGGAGAUUUUCCAUUCAGAAGAUCCCCGAAGAGAUGCCGUCCCCUGAGCAUCGCAGUAGUCUUGAGGAUUUGCAUUUGCUUAUGCCUCAAAAGAAGAAAAUGGACUACACCCUCUACCCAGCUAUGCCAGCUGAUGAUGAUGAGGAAGAAGAGAAAGAGGAAGAGGGUAGGAAGUCGAAGAAAAAUAGCAUUUCAUAUGGGGGUGAUGGGCAAAAGGCGGGAAAACGGAUGAGCAUAGUGGCUGCCCUAAUGAGCAGCACAUUCAGCAAUAAAGAGACCAAAAAUAGCCAAAUGGACACCCCGGACACCCCAAUUCACAGCCACAGUGAUGCCCCGUGUAGUCACCUCAUUAACAUGCCCGAGAAAGAUGAAGGGGAUGAGCUUCCCCAUCCAGAACCCGUCACAGCAUCAGAUAUUUGGAAGCAUAUGCGAAACUACAUCCCAUGGAUUUUAGCUGUGACCAGUGUUAUCCAGAUUUGUCUGUUUGUUCUGGAUCGAGAUGAAUUUUUCCGGCUGCUGGUUUUCUCUCCACAUCGCAUCUUGGAAAUCUGGAGGUUCCUGUCGUACACGCUUCUCCAUCAAAAUGCAAUUCAUCUGGCGCUCAAUGUUGCGAUUCAGAUCUUCCUGGGAAUUCCCCUGGAGUACGAGCAAGGUCACUGGAGAGUCUUUGUGGUGUACUUUGGCGGAGCAGUGGCUGGUGCCCUGGGGACGUCUGUUUUUGAGCCCAGCAUCCUCCUAAUUGGUGCAUCUGCGGGCAUCUACAGCAUCCUCAUGAGUCACAUCCCGCACACGGUGAUUAAUUUCAAAAAUAUCCGAUAUCGCUUCUAUCGGAUAAUCUGUGUCAUUAUCCUGUGCACGAGUGACAUCAUUUACACACUAAUUCACGUGACUUAUGGAGAUCUACCGAAAAUUGGGAUUUCUGCGCAUAUCCUGGGAGCUCUUUCGGGUCUCGUCCUCGGCACAGCUCUCUUCCAGUCCGCCACGCAGAGGGACUCUAAAUUCAAGCGUAUCCAGCUCGCUGCAGGUGCCAUCUACCUCACCUGGUUGCUGAGCAGUUUCACCAUAAGCCUCGUUGGAUCGCAUGUGAGUCGCAUGUGAUUACUACUGUGAUACGAUGCAAUCGACUUGAAACACACUGAAAAUUUCAUUUACUGCCACAAAUGGCUUUUUAUUUCUUUAAGUUAUGUUUUUUUUAAGGAAAUAAUCUGAAAAAAACUUAUACAAUAAAAUUAUGUUGUGUACUGUUAGAAAAGUUAAAGUUCCAAUUACCAUCUUCCUCUCCUUUCAUUCAUUCUUAUGAGCUAAAGUGAUAGAGAUCCCCGUGUUUGAGGAGUGGGUUCAUCAAAAAAUUUAAUCAUAAAUUUCAAGGUGAGACACUUGAGACGAACACUGAAGUGCUUUUAUUGCCAUAACCACAAGUUGAUGAUUUUUUUAGCAGUGUCACAGGAUAAGAAAACUUUUAAGAAAAAUAUACUUAUAAUAAAAUUAAGAUAAAAUAAAAUAAAAUAUAUUACUAAA